AUGAUUUCUGAUGGUUUCUUUUUACAUGAUAAUAAUAAACCUGUGGAUAUGAUCGUUCAAUUUGAACCGCAAAAAACAUCAGGAAAUUUCAUGUUCGAUUAUUAUAAAAAAAAACGUCAAGAUUUAACUCCUUUAACUAUUGAUACAACAACACCUAAAGAACCAGAAAAAUUAGGUGUUGCAUCAUGCAUUACACCAGAUCUCGAUAAAGUGUUCAACUUAUAUACCAAGAUAUUGGAUCCGGAAGAAUCUGAUCGAGAUGGUUUAUCAUAA